UAUUACAGCUACAACUAAAAGCCUGGCACAUAGCAGAGGGUUUCACGAACGGAUGUAAGGGGGUGGGAGCAGAGAUCAGGCACUCUCCAGAUCAUCGCUCAGCUAAUUCAACCUUAGCUCCUCAGGGGGCUCUUGGACCCAGCCAGGCUGGGUUUAGGUCUUCCUUCUGGCUUCCACUCCUCUCCCCUCAGGGCAAUAUAAAAAGGAGUUAACAGAGUUAACCUAGGGCAGCUUCUUCAAGGUCUGGGAGGACUCUCCAGAGCACACUUCAUCUGCCGGAGACCUAAGCCCUGGGGAUAGGAUGGUCCCUGCUCUCAAGGAAUUCUCGCUCUGCUAGGGGAGAUAUCUGGCCAAUGUUGCAGUUUCAUGGCGUGUUGCGAUGGUACCAUCUCAAAGAAUUCAGACUCUAAUCCAAACCUCUAAUCCGAGUACAGGCAUUUAUUGAGGAUUGACGCCCCUCAGAAGCAGGCUAGGUUCCGAGCAAUUUAGUAAAAUGACACAGGCAAAUUUAUAGUGUGAUGAUGCUGAUUACGCAACAGAGAAUUUGAAUAUGAAAAAGGCAGGAGGGGUUUGUUAAGGGAUUAGGUAAUGGGGAGGGGUCCCUUCUAUGGUUAGGUAGUCAGACAUCCUGGUCCUGCUACUUUCUGAUUGGCUAGCUAUUGUGGUCCUGGCUUGGGCUAAAUAGAUGAUGUGAUUGUGGUUGAGUACAAGGACACACCUGUGCAAAUAUGCGAAGUGGAUCUGUGGUGUGGAUCGUGUGGCGAAAUCAGGACACGCCUGCUGUUCAGUGGGGCCCAUAAGGAAGUUAGAAUGUCGGGGCUUUAUUAGGAUUCCAUCACCAACAGUCAUGAAACAAGUUGUCACCGGGAGAGAUUUCCUGCAGAAGCUCUGCCUUCCGAAGACUCUGCCCUUCCCCAGGAUGAGUGCGUAGAGGAGGAGGAGGAGGAGGAGGAGGAGGAGGAUGUCACCUGAGCUCCUGACAGCUGUUUACCAGGAAUCGGUGACAUUUGAGGAUGUGUCUGUGGACUUCACCCAAGAGGAGUGGAGCCACCUGGGCCCCACCCAGCGGGCCCUGUACAGAGAGGUGAUGCUGGAGACCUUUGAGAACCUCACCUCCCUGGGCCUUCCAGGUUUGAAACCAGAGGUGAUCUCCUGCUUGGAGAGAGGAGAAGCUCCAUGGAUGCUCGAGGGAGAGGUCCCAAGAGACCCUUACCCAGGUUCAUUUCAUGAGGAAAGAUGUGAAACCAAGGACAUUGUGAUGAGAGCAUCAGCCAGGAAAAGAAUGCAGAAGCAAGGAAUUCAUACUAGAGAGAAACCCAAUAAGUGGAAUGAAUGUGAGAAAGCCUUCAGCCAGCAUGCCCUCCUUAUUUAUCAUGAGAGAAUUCUUGCAGGUGAGAAACCCUGUAAGAUUAAAGAAUGUCAGAAAGCCUUUUGUCAAUUGAGAAGCCCUAAUGACUGUAAGAGAGUUUAUGCUCAAAAGAAACACCAUCUUUCUAAUGGAUGUGAGAAAAUUUUUACUCUACAUCAGGGAGUUCACUUUGCAAAGGAGCCCUUUUAUUGUAAUGAAUGUGGCAAAGCCUUUAAGUGGAGGUGUAAACUCAAUGCACAUCAGAGAAUUCAUACUGGAGAGAAACCCUUUGAAUGUAAGGAAUGUGGAAAAGCCUUCAGUGAGAAGGUUUGUCUUAAAAGGCAUCAGAGAAUUCAUACUAGAGAGAAACCGUUUGAAUGUAAUGAAUGUGGAAGAGCUUUCCGUGAUGAAUCUUACCUUAUGCUGCAUCAAAGAAUGCACACUGGAGAGAAGCCCUUCGAGUGUGGUGAAUGUGGGAAAAACUUCAGCCUGAAGUCUUCACUUAUUUUACAUCAGAAAAUUCACACUGGGAAGAAGAUCUUUGAAUGCAGUGAAUGCAGGAAAGCCUUCCAUUACAAGUCUUGCCUUACUCUCCAUCAGAGAAUUCAUACCAGAGAGAAACCCUUUGAGUGUAAUGAAUGUGAGAGAGCCUUCAUGUGGAAAAGCCAAUUUAAUAAACACAAGAGAAUUCACAAUGGAGAGAAACUCUUUGAAUCUGAUAACUGUGUAAAAGCUUUUAGCCUGGGGGGAAUCCUUGUUGAAUGUGAGGGAACUCACAUGGAAGAAAUACGAUUUGAAUGUAAUGAAUGUGACAAAGCCUUUAGAUGGAGGUGUAAACUUGCUGCACACCAGAGAAUUCAUACUGGAGAGCAACCCUUUGAAUGUAAUAAAUGCAGGAAAGCCUUUCGUGAGAAAUCUUGCCUUACUGUACAUCAGAGAAUUCAUACUGGUCAGCAACCUUUUGAGUGUACUGAAUGUGGGAAAAACUUUAGUCAGAGGUCAUCACUCAUUUCACAUCAGAGAAAUCAUAUUACAAAGAAACCCUUUGAAUGUAAUGAAUGUAGGAAAGCCUUCCGUGACAAGUCCCAUCUUACAGUACAUCAGAGAAUUCAUACAGGAGAGAAACCCUUUGAAUGUAAUGAAUGUGGGAAAACUUUUAGCCAAAGGUCAUCACUUAGUUCACAUCAGAGAAUUCACACUGGAGAGAAGCCCUUUGAGUGUAAUGAAUGUGGGAAAGCCUUUCGGGACAAAUCUCAUCUUACUGUACAUCAGAGAAUUCAUACUGGAGAGAAACCCUUUGAGUGUAAGGAAUGUGGGAAAAACUUCAGCUUGAGAUCAUCACUUAGUUCACAUCAGAGAAUUCACACUGGAAAGAAACCUUUUGAAUGUAAUGAAUGCACAAAAGCCUUCCGAGACAAAUUUCACCUUAUUGAACACCAGAGAAUUCAUACAGGAGAGAAACCCUUUGAGUGUAUGGAUUGUGGCAAAACCUUUCACAACAAAUAUCAGCUCUCUGUACAUCAGAGCACUCAUACUGGACAGAAACCUUUUGUAUGUCUUGAAUGUAGGAAAGCCUUUAUGUCAAAGAGUCAACUUAAUAAACACGAGAGAAUUCACACUGGUGAGAAACCCUUUGAAUGCGUUAACUGUGGGAAAGCUUUCACCCGGAAGGACCACCUUACUGAACAUCAGAGAAUUCAUACUGCAGAGAAGCCUUUUGAGUGUACUGAAUGUGGGAAAAACUUCAGCCAGAGGAAAUCACUUAUUUUCCAUCAGAGAAUCCAUUCUGGAGAAAAACCCUUUGAGUGUACUGAAUGUGGGAAAAAUUUCAAUUAUAAGAAGUCCUUUCUUUUCCAUCAGAGAAUUCAUACUGGAAAACCUUUUGGGUGUAAUGAAUGUGAAAAAGCCUUUCAUAACAAAUCUCAGCUUACUGUACAUAAGAGAAUUCAUAGUGGGGACAAAUCCUUAGAUUGUAAUGAAUGUGGAAAAUCUCUCCAUAACAAAUCUCAGCUUGUUGUUCAUCAAAGAAUUCACACUGGAGAGAAACCUUUUGAGUGUCAUGAAUGUGGGAAAGCAUUCUACAACAAAUCUCAGCUUACUUUACAUCAGAGAAUUCAUACUGGAGAGAAACCCUUUAAGUGUAAUGAAUGUGAAAAAGCCUUCUACCACAAAUCUCAGCUUGUUGUACAUCGAAGAACUCAUACUGGAGAGAAACCCUUUGAAUGUGAUGAAUGUAGAAAAGCUUUCCACAACAGAUCUCAACUUACUGUACACCAGAGAAUUCACACUGGAGAGAAACCCUAUGAGUGUAGUGAAUGUGGGAAAAGCUUUAGCCAUAGAAAAUCAUUUGUUUUCCAUUUGAGAAUUCAUACUGGAGAGAAACCCUAUGAAUGUACUGAAUGUGGGAAAGCUUUCCACAACAAAUCUCACCUUACUGUGCAUCAGAGAAUUCAUACUGGAGAGAAACCCUAUGAGUGUAAUGAAUGUGGGAAAAAAUUUAGUCUGAGGUCAUCACUUAUUAAGCAUUGGAGAAUUCAUACUGGAGAAAAACCCUUUCAGUGUAAUGAGUGUGGGAAAAACUUCAGCCGGAGGUCAUCACUUAGUUCACAUCAAAAGAUUCAUACUGGAGAAAAACCCUUUGAGUGUAAUGAAUGUGGAAAAAACUUCAACCAGAGGUCAUCACUGGUUUCACAUCGGAGAACUCAUACUGGAGAGAAACCCUUUGAGUGCAAUCAAUGCGGGAAAAACUUCACCCGUAAGUCAUUACUUAGCAAACACAAAAGCAUUCAUACAGAAGAGAAACUUAGUUAAUAUAAUACAUGUGGGAAAGCUUUGCCAUGCAUAAUUAAUAAAUGAGAAUUCAUGCUGGAGGGUAAGCUUGAAACCCUUGAAAUAUGGUUCUUGCUUGCUGGGUUAUCCUGUUUGAGAGAAACUACACAGAAGCAAUGAAUGUGGAAAAGCCUUCAGCCAAAAAGGGCACUUUACUGAACACCAGAGUGUGCAGUGAGAAACUCCAUAAGUGUAAUAAAAUGCAGGAAAGUCUUAGGCACUAAUGGAACAUUAAGGAGGGCUCAGAGAAUUCAUGCAGAAGAAAAAGUCACGAAUACUGUAACCAUGAGAAGAUCUUCAUGGUAUGUGGUUCAUCCCUUAUUUAAUAUCAUAAACCUCAUGCUGCAAAUGAACUGCAGUGAUGAUGGGAGCAUCCUCCCAGCUUGCCAAUCUGUUUAAUGCCGGAGGGGCAAGAUUGCUGACUUGAUUACGUUAUUUUGUGGUGUUUUGAGAGGGAUAAAUAACAAUUUCCUUUGUUUCUCCUGAGCUCCAUGCAGUUCACAAUGGUUGCCACCAGGUGGCAGAAGAGUUGUACUAGUCAGUGCCUCAGAAUCAGACUAUCAUCUAAAAAAUCCCUUUUACUUUUAACUCCCACUGACAAGUUACAGGCAUUCAAAUGCAUAAGAAACCUCAGCCCAAAAUGGGUGUAUGUUGUUUUCUAACACAGGCACAAGAAACAUCAAAGCAAAUUGGGAAAUACAUUUGUUCAUUAAACACUUUCUUCCUCCAUUAAUUUA